AUGGCUUUCAUUGCAGUGAUUUUGGUCACUUUGGUUUCAACUAUCUUCCUCUGGAAGAUUCUGUUUAAGGGCCGUCGCCGGGAGAGCAAAAAUGUCCCGGGAGGUUCUCUAGGGUAUCCCUUAAUAGGAGAGACAUUUAGCUUUCUUCAAGCACAGAAGCAAGAUCGAGGUCCUCAAUGGCUGGAAGAAAGAACAGCAAAACAUGGGCCAGUGUUCAAAACGUGUCUGAUGGGUUCGCCGACUGUGGUUGUUAUAGGUCAAGCAGGGAACAAGUUUGUGUUUGGUGCUGAAGAUGAUGUUCUUGCUGCCCAACAACCUCCCACCUUGUCAGCCAUUGGAGGCAAGCAGAGUAUAUUUGAGCUUACAGGAUCAAGGUACAGAUUGGUGAAGGGAGCAAUGGUGAGCUUCUUGAAGCCUGAAAGUCUUCAAAACUACAUCAACCAAAUGGACGAAUUAAUCAAGACCAUGUUACUAAAAGAAACAGAAAACAAAGACACCAUAAAAGCUGUGGUCACCAUGAAGAAGCUUACAUUUAACAUAGCAUCAAGCAUCCUUUUCGGUAUCAAGGAUGAGAGUACCAGGGAGGUUUUGUUUGAUGAUUUUUCAUUAGCCUUCAAAGCAGUUUGGUCUCUUCCGAUUAACUUUCCCGGCACUGUUUACCGGCAAGGCCUAAAAGCUAGAGCAAGAAUUGUGGAUUCGAUUCUGCCGAUACUAAAGGAGAGAAGGGAGGCCAUUUCAAAGGGGAAGUUAAGCCCUACAAGUGAUGUGUUCUCUAGCUUGGUAGCAUUGAGAGAUGAAAAUCAAGAACCACUUUCUGAUGAUCUAAUCAUGGAUAACUAUGUCACCUUGAUGAUAGCCAGUCAUGACACCACUGCAAUUCUUCUUAGCCUUAUGAUUUGGAAGCUGUCCACAGACUCUGAGCUCUACAAGAAAGUUUUACAAGAACAAAUGGAAAUUAUAAGUAAGAGGGAGGGAGAAGAAGAUAGGCUAACAUGGCAGGAGAUACAAAAGAUGAAAUACACAUGGAGAGUUGCACAAGAGUUGAUGAGAAUAAUUCCUCCUGUGUUUGGAAGUUUCAGAAAAGCACUCAAAGACACUCAAUACGGUGGCUAUGACAUUCCCAGAGGAUGGCAGGUGUUUUGGGUGGCCUAUGGAACUCACAUGAACAAAGAAGUAUUUGACAAACCCACAGAGUUUGAUCCAUCAAGAUUUGAGAACUCAUCAAAGCCAAUUCCUCCCUAUGCUUAUAUUCCAUUUGGAGGUGGCCUUCACACUUGCAUUGGAAACGAGUUUGCUAGAGUUGAAGUCCUCGCAACCAUUCACAAUUUGGUGACAAUGUUUGAGUGGUCACAGGUGUACCCUGAGGAAAAGAUAACCCGUCAACCAAUGCCAUAUCCAUCCAUGGGUCUCCCUAUCAAGAUCAAACCAAGAAUCCCCAAAUCUGUAUAA